CAUCAAUCAAUUCAUCCAAUUCGAUAUUCAUUAAUCAGUUGUCGAGCCGAUGAUUUUGGUAAUCACAACAUCGCGGUAGAUCCCAGUUUCUAGAAUAUUGAAACGAUGUGAGAAAUCAAAGGCAGCCACGCCCCCAAAACAAGGUUUAUCGAAUUGAACUCUUGAACUUACGGAACCUUGUGCAUAUUUGGAUUAUUCGAUCAUGGCAAUCGAUGGAUCAUCGACGGGGAAUUAAGAAUUCUAUUAAAAUUGCAACUUGUUGAUAAGCCAACAGGUUAGAAAUGUUCUCCCCUCUAUUCGCCCCUCCAACUCGCAUUGUAACUUGUGGAGUCUGGUUUGUUUCGAGUAUUUUAAAUUAUUCAUCUGAAAUAAAUAAGGUGAGACUGCCCCUGGCAAUAUGGUGCGUAAUUUGGUGUUUUGCGGGUAAUUAAUUAAUCUUGUUUGAAUACAAACUCCCCUGCCAGCCAUUAUUUUUUGUACAAAUCGUCCUUCGAGCUGCAAUUUAUGCGAGUGCGCAAAUUAUCACCACUUACAUACAAGUGGCAAUUGGCAACUAUACGCGGCCAUAUAUAAAUUGAUUUUAGCCACGGACUUUGUUGCCAGCAGACGGCGCCUGCAGUUAAAUAUUAACGACAAUUCCGCGGUCCGGCCAACUGGAUUUAUAUGGCAAUAAUGGAUAUAGUAGGGAGUUCUGUGGAAGUGGCAGUCCGCUGGGCAAAAGAUCAAAAUUCCAUUGUGCUGAUCUCAUCUCGCUCAUCGGGGCGCUGGUGAAAUAACAUCACAUUUCUCUUUUUCGCACUUGUCAACCUGGAAAUUUAUUUGCACGCGACUUUUCCUUUUUAUACAAAUUUAUUUUAUGAUCUCCUUACAAGAGCCGCAUUGAAAUUGCUCUCAAAUUUAUUUUAUUUAGCACCUCCAAGAGAUUUAGCUGAGAUGCCCGUGCAGGAUUGAUCAGUAAUUCGAGAGCUUUGAACUCGCUUACACUCUGGUUAUUUGGUUGUUUGGUUAUUUGGAGCCCUAAAUCCCGAGUCCCGAGUGUCCCAGGUGUCGUGUACCAGGUUUUGGAAUUUCAAUUUUUAUUCAGUCAACCCGUAUCUAAUUACGACUCAUUGUGAUUGGUAAUUUGUUUCAUUGUUUCUGGGCCUUUGCUCCACUUGGCGAGUCACUUGGGCAACUAAAUUGCAGCAAAAUUUCGUUUUGUAAAUGAAUCCGUUGGGCAAAACAAAUGCCAGCAAUCAAUGGCAAAAAUCGCUGGUAUUUAAUGGCGCCGAUUAAAAUGUGAAUGCGCCGAGUGCUACCAAAAGCGAUCCAUCUAUUUGGGCAUUCGGUGGCUAAACUGGCUUCAUCUGCUACCAAUAUUUAUAGACGUGCAAUUCUGAUUUAUUCGCUCACAGCAGCUGACAUCGCGCUGCCACAAAGUGUACUAAUUAAACCAAAAGGAGAGCAAAUGAUAAUUAAACAAUUCCCUGACAACCAAACCGGGUGAGCAAUCUCAGCAUCGAAAGCGUCGAGUAAACAAAACAAAAGAGAUUAAAAUAAAACGCAAUCUGAGCGGAGAAAAAUAAUUCCCGAAGCAUUGACAGCGAAAUGUGUGCGAAAGCCCACGCGAAAAUGAGACUAAUUUAUGAGCAUUGUUAGAAUGCACAGCCUAUAAAGAUUUCAAUUGUUGUGCGCCAAAUGCUAAAGACGGUCAGAAGAUUUAGCAGGUGAAGAUUCCCGUAAAUCAUACGCGGAGUCGGGCGGAGAGGUCUCGAGAUCCCAAACAGGAAUGCUGAAAAAAUAACGCCGCUUCUUAUUGCGAUCUGCUCGAAAGCAUCAAAAGUUCCUUAACGGUUGCGGAAAUUCGAAGAAUAAUGUUGUAAUGUAAAAUACCAAAUACCCAAAGGAAAAGGAAUAUCCUACAAAUAUUAUAACUUUGUUUAUCCAAGUUUAUAUGACAAAUCAACAAACUAUGUCGCUUAUCAAUGUUUGAGUACGCUCCUUAUGUGAAACAGUGAAAACUAACUCUUAAACUCUUAAAUAAUAUAUGUGAUAGCUAGAACGAGCAACAAAUCAGGGCUACAGUGCCGCACAGAUUGCGUCAGUGUAAAGCAUGCUUUACUAGCAUAAUGAUCCAAUUCACAGCACUGAAAGAAAACGCCCUCCAAAAGUAAGAGACCACAUCGCCGGUUGAGAUAAACUCACAUUUCGCUGGCGUAUCAGUUGGGGUUGGGGCGGUUGUGCAUUCCCCGGCUGAAUCACUGAAACUCGAACAUACUCUUCACAGCAAUUCUCAAACUUCGAAAGCUGGCUGGGUAGUUUGCGUCCGAAUACCAUGGGCAGCGGAUCUGAGCUCCCAUUACGGAUCUGCUUGGUCUGGCUGGUCGCGGGUCUGGCGACUAGCGAGGUAAUUCGUUGCUUUGAGUGCCUCGAUGUGGAGACGUCGUGCGGCUCUGCUGAUAAUUCGCCGGGGAGAGUGCGAGAAUGUCCGAACUCAACCAUGUGCUCGACUACUACGCUGACCACAAUGGUGAAUGGAAAAGAGUGGACCAGGGUGAGGAGGGGCUGUGCCAAGCAGGUUGACCUGUACUUCGACUAUAUUGGAAAGCAUUGGGUGCAGCAGUUUCGAGUGAUGGACAUACCGGAGGGCUGCAAGCUGGAGAACGGAAGGAUGAACUGCAACUGCCGUGGACAACUGUGCAAUUCAGGAAGUCAUUCGCCACCAAGUUUCCGGUUGCCGUUGGUGCUUAUCUUAUUGGCCGUGGCCUUUGGCAAAAUCCUUCUUCCCGUCUAGUCGGCGACACUUUUUGGGGUGUGUUCUCGGGUAUAUGUAUGUACGAAUAGAAACUGCGAGUUUCCGGAACUCUCUAGGCCACAAAUAUAGUUUUAAGCAGAUUAAUGAUUUAUGUGCGACAGUUUUCAAAGGUGAAACCUUGUCAAUAAAGUCACUGAUACCAAAUAAACCCAAACAAACUCGUUCUGACAUUGGAUAUGG